GCCCUAUAGUAAGAAAUAAAUUGUUAAGCGAGCAAAAAGGAAACUAGGCAUGGUUGGAUACGAUUUAAUGAAAUACAACUGCGAACACUUUGCUACGGAGUGUAGAUAUGGACAGGCUAGAAGCAAACAGGUUGAGGCUAUUGAACAAAGAGCGUAUGACUGGGUCCUGCCGCCUUUAAUGCGAGCUUGGGAACUAGCAGACGUGACUAGAUUUCUAACACCCGUCAACCAGCUUAUUGAAAUGGUUUGGUACUCCCCACCUGGUGACCUGGUGAAAUGGUGAAAUAAUGCAGUUGCAUAUAAUAAUCAGAACAAAACAGUCCUGUUUCAUAUUAUGUUAAUAAUUAAAGUAUAAUAAAACAGUCUCAAUACUGUAUUGUAACACUACUAUUUUCUCAAUGUUGUAUAUAUAUAUAAAUUAUAUAUACAAUCGUAUUAAUAUCGAACAGGAAA